AUGGAAUUGCGAUCGGGGCGUAGACUGCGGCCGCCGCAGCCGCAUGGAGCUCGCUGCCAGCGUCGCCGUGGUCCAGAAGAAGUCCAGGCCGAUCGCAUCAGCGCCCUCCCGGACGAGAUGCUUCUCCUCGUCCUUGCGCGCCUAGGCUGCGUCCGUGCCGCUGUGCAGACCAGCCUGCUCUCCCGCCGGUGGCGCGGCCUAUGGACCGGUCUCACCGAUCUGGCCUUCCGCCGCCUCGAGCCCACCACCAUCGAAGCGGUGCUUGCCCGUUUCGCUCAUAUAUCCGCGGUGUCCGUUUAUGAUGUCCCCCUUCCAUUCGGAAAUGCCGGGCACGAUGCCGCAGCCCAGGCCAACUCGUUUCUGUGCGCCGCCGCACGGCUCUCGCCAGGGAAGCUGGUCUUCACCCUCCCGGAUCGUCAUUUUUACGUGGCCAAGAUCGAGCUCCCAUGUUUUCCGUCCACCGCGUCGAUUGAUCUUGACACUAAGAACUUCCCCGUGGAGCUGACGUCAAGCGGCGAGUUCGCCGCCCUGGAGAGAUUGUUCCUCUCCGGCAGAAUCAAUUGCCUUUGUGAGAUGCUCAACCGCUGCCCACGCCUGCGCGUUUUGAGUGUGGAAGCCACGUCUUUGCAGGAACGACUCGUUUGCGUCAUGCCUCCUCCGGUCCAUGAGUUCACGGCCCUCGAGAGUCUAUCCCUCACUGGUAGAAUAGACGGCCUUUGCUCCUUGCUCAACUGCUACCGACACUUACAUGUGCUCAGCAUCACCUACAUGGACUCACGGCAGCUCACCCUGCCAUCCGACACCGAGUUCCCCGUGCUCGAGAAGCUGUCCCUCUCUGGCAACAUCGUCGGCCUUACCACCUCAGUUAACCGUUGCCCACGUUUGCGCGUGCUAAGGGUCACCUUCUAUGGUGUGAAGAUCCGGCCCAUAGAAGCUGCACUCACUAGACUAGAAGUAGCUGGGCCCUUUGGCUUUCAGUUGUCCCUCCUCGGUUUCAAACACAUUAGUCAAGGACACGGCACCAAUGCCUCUUGCUUCGCCUCCCUCCUCCGUAUUGUGGCGAGGCUCUCACCGCAGGAGUUCUUUAUCGUCAAUCUUGGCACAAUGGUCACCCUCUGCCCACGCUUAUGCGAGCUCAGGGUGACCGAAGCUAGAGGCAACAUCAAGUUCCACUCGGGAUCACUGCAAAAGCUCUCUGUCUCUACUGAUAAAUGGACGGGUAGGCACACGCACUGUCGCAGCAUCGACAUCUUGACACCGAUGCUUAAGGAACUGGAACUGGUGGUCCAGGAUAACGCAGAUAUAAGUGUUUCCAUCUUGGCGCCAACGGUGGAGGAAGUAUGGUGGGAGCCCUUUAGUCUUGGGUCAGCUCUUGUCUUUGAUUUUUGGAGCCUCGGGUCCCUAAGAUUGGAGACGGCAGAAGACACAUGUUCACCUGGAGUCCUGGGCUUGUACAUGUCUACUAGUAGAUAUGAGAGUGACAAGACAAUCUUUUCCGAACAGAUCGAGAAGUUUCUGGUUGUCGACUUCUCUGUGUUGGAACUGCAUCUUCAAGAAAAGUUCGAGCAUCAUUUUGGAGCACUCGUUGAUUUGACUGCUUAUUGA